CCUGGACCCCUCUACCUAGUCGCUUCUACCAGACUGGACUCCACAACAUGAUCUCAACACUUUCAAUUUUUCAAAAGUCUGCUCCUGACUCAAGAGAAGGAAGAGAUUCUGUUGCUUUCCGUCCGCAGAUCUCUAGCUAUUAUAAUCCCUCCUAUUGGCCUGUCCUACUGCCAGUUUAAUCCCCGCUUUAGGCGGUGUAUUCGAGAUUAUACGAUUUAUACGGCAAGAGAUAUAAGAGCAAAACCAAAGACCAUAUACUCUCCCAGAACUCCGCCAAAACCAUCAUGACAUUCACCUCCUCCAUCCCCGUCGGCCUCCCAUGGCGCUCCUCCACCCUCUUCGUCUGCACCACCGUUGGCCUAGCCGCCUUCACAGACAUGUUCCUCUACGGCAUCAUCGUCCCCGUCCUCCCCUUCAUGCUGCAAGACCGCAUCCACAUUCCCGACUCCAAAUUCCAAUCCACCAUAUCCAUGCUCCUCGCCGUGAACGCCGGAGCCUCUUGUCUCGCAUCCCCCAUCACCGGCGUGCUGGCGGAUAAACUCGUCUCGUCGCGCCAGUUACCGUUCCUCUUGGGAUUGGCGAUGCAGUUACUCUCGACCAUUCUGCUGGCCGUGGGGCAAUCGGUGCCCGUCCUUGUCAUUGCAAGGUUCCUGCAAGGCGCAGCUGGAGGCGUCGUGUGGACCAUUGGCAUGACGCUCUUAGUAGAGACGGUGGGUCAGCAGAACCUGGGAAAGACGAUCGGUACCAUUUUCAGCUUCUGCUCCGUGGCGACGCUGUUUGCGCCUAUUGUUGGGGGACUCCUUUACGAGAAGGCUGAGUAUAAGGCGGUGUUUGGGCUGGGAAUCGCGCUGUUGGUCGUCGACUUCAUCAUGCGAGUCCUCAUGAUUGAGAAGCGCGUUGCUGCGAAAUACAUGGACGUCGACGACGAAGACGAAGACGAAACCAGUUCCCCGUCUUCUUCCUCCCCUUCAAACACAGACGAACCGGACGAACAAACUUCCCUCCUCCCUCCCUCCCGUUCCCGUUCCCGUUCCCCCUCCCAUCCCUCGCCCUACAAACUCCCCCAACCCACCAACCCCCUCACCACCACCUUCCCCCUCCUCCUCACCCUCCUCUUCCCACCCCUCCCCGUCGCCCUCCUCUUCUCCUUCGUCCAAGCCUUCCUCAUCGGCGCCUUCGACGCCACCGUCCCACUCGUCGCAUCCGCCUCCUUCUCCUUCACCAGCCUCUCGGCAGGCCUCCUCUUCUUCCCCCUCGGCUUCGCCGACUUCUUCCUCAGCCCCGUCUUCGGCGCCGCAGUCGACACCUUCGGCACCCGUCCCCUCGCCGUCGCUGGCUUUUCUUUCCUCGCCCUCGCACUCGCAACCCUCGGCCUGCCCUUCAUGGAUCCCAUAAAAGGAUCAAUAGGAAGAGGCAUGCAGAUAUUAUUCUACGCGGUGCUCCUCGCGGCCAACGGCGUCGGCAUGGCGGUCAUCAAUUCGACGUCCAUCGUCGAGUCAGGCCGGCUUUUGGAGGCGUACUUUGAGGAGAAUAGGGACGUGUUUGGCGGGGUGGCGGCGCCGCCGUAUGCGCAGCUUUAUGGGCUGAAUACCAAAACACAUGCACCACCAAGCACGACACCAGACUGCAACUGA